CUAUUUAUAAGUUGUGGCGGCACGGAUUUGUGCAUUCCUUCAUGUGGGUGUGAGUAAUAAAUAUGCGUGACAUAGCUGGCCUGUUAUCUAUAGGAAGAUUAUCCAGCCUUUCUAUCGGAGUAUUUCUAUCUUUGCUGCGGCUUUAAAUCUCAAUUUAUGUAUUUUAAAAGUGCAUUGCACUACUAACAUCUCUCCUGCUAGUUUAUAUGGUUUAUUUAGUGUAUUUGUCUCUAAAAUAAAUAAAAUAAUUGAUGCAAAAGUCUCAUCAUAAUGGAUCCUACAACCCAGAAAGUGACAUCUCCGCAUACUGAGGUGGAGCGUCUAGUGGAGCGUGCAAGUAAUUCAACACUGCUGGAAGAUAGGCGCGAUGCUUGCAGAGCCUUAAAAGCUCUGUCAAGGAAGUACCGCCUUGAAGUUGGUGCUCAGGGCCUAGAUACUCUUAGACAGAUUCUGGAACUUGACAGAGCAGACAAUGAAACAAUAAACUAUGCAUUAGAUACUCUCAACAAUAUUGUAUCACCAUCACAAUUUGAGGAGGAAGAAGACAAGCCUCAUAUACCCAUGAAUAUCGGAGACCAGUUCACAGAAAUGUUCAUCAAAGAUCCACAUAACAUUCAAUUAGUUUUAGAUUUACUUGAUGAGUAUGACUUUAGAGUUCGGCUAUCCACUGUACAACUACUAAUAUCAUUACUAACCAAUAGAACUAAAGAUAUCCAGGAAAUCAUACUUGAUAAACCAAUGGGUGUCUCCAAAAUGAUGGACCUUUUAGGCGACACUAGAGAAGUUAUACGAAAUGAGGCAUUACUUCUUUUAAUAAAGCUAACGAAAGGUAAUGCGAAUAUACAAAAAAUUGUAGCAUUCGAAAAUGCAUUCGAUAGACUUUUCGAAAUUGUAUCUAGUGAGGGUUAUUCAGAUGGAGGAAUUAUUGUCGAAGACUGUUUAUUACUUAUGUUGAAUUUGCUUAAAAAUAACAGCAGUAAUAUAAAUUUUUUUAAAGAGGGAAGUUACAUACAAAAGAUGUUGCCAAUGUUUAACAUACCAGAGGAUACAGAAGAGGUUGGUUGGUCACCCCAAAAAGUUUCAAACGUGCAUUGUAUGCUACAGUUAGUUCGAACCUUGGUGUCCCCAAGCAAUUCUGCACAAAUUAUAUCAAAUUGUCAGAAAAUAAUGAAAAACAGUGGACUUUUGGAAGCUAUGUGUAAUAUUUUGAUGGCAAGCGGGGUCCCAGCAGAUAUUUUGACGGAGACAAUAAAUUCUGUGGGCGAAGUGGUGAGAGGGGAGACAGCUAACCAGGAGUUUAUCGGGAAUGUGAUUGCGCCUUCGUAUCCGCCGCGGCCAGCGAUCAUUGUGCUUCUGAUGUCUAUGGUUAACGAGAAACAGCCGUUUCCGUUAAGAUGUGCAGUGCUCUACUGCUUCCAAUGCUACCUAUACCACAACGAGAUCAGCCAAGCCAACCUAGUGCAAACCCUAUUACCCUCCUCAACCGACGUGUCAAGCCUCACCAGUGGUCAGAUCCUGUGUGGAGGCCUGUUCUCAUCUGACGUGCUGUCCAACUGGUGUGCUGCAGUGGCGCUUAGCCAUGCCCUGAUCGAUAAUACGCAGCAGAAGGAGCAGUUGUUGCGAGUGCUGCUGGCCACCAAUGUGGGCGGCAACCCCGUGUCGCUGCUGCAUCAGUGCACGUUGCUGCUGCAGCAGACCACCAAGCUGCAGUCUAAAGUGGCACUACUAAUGCUGCUGUCACAAUGGAUGAGCAACUGUCCGGCGGCAGUCAGCGCCUUCCUGCAGGUGCCGGGAGGCGUGGGCUACCUCGUCAACCAGACUUGCUCCAACGAGCACGACGAUAACGAGUAUCUUCUGCAAGGUCUGUCAGCCUUCCUCCUGGCCAUCUGCAUCCACUUCAAUGAUGACUCAGUCCAGAACUACUCCAAAGACUCCCUCAAACAGCUGCUAGUGAAGCGGAUAGGCAUGGAGGUGUUCACAGCCAAGCUCAGCGAGGUGUCCAAGCACGAGCUGUACAACAAGGCCGCCAAGCAUCCGCAACUGAGGGGCACCUCUCCCGCCGAUGUUCUCAUUGACUACGAGUUCUGCAGGCUGUUUAAGAGCUUGGAAAGCGUGCUGUCGGAGAGCCUGUCGGACCGGCACGAGAACGGCACGGAGCCGGAGCGGUCAGGCUCGGAGGACCUGGAGCAGUACAAGGCUCUGAUCCGGCAGCAGGACGCGAGGCUGCACGAACUGGUGCACCAGCUGGACGCGCUCGCCCAGCAGGCGCGGGGACUGCAGAGUGCCCUGAACGACUCCCUAGCAGCUAAUUCUCUACUCAAAGACGAAAAUACUUUACUAAAAGCUCAAGUAUCAGCCAAUUCCAUACCAAUGCCACAAUCCACCCUUCCUUCUCCACCACAACCAGACCCGAAACUUGGAGAAUAUGAAGAAAGAAUACAACAGCUAAAUGGAGAAGUGACAAAGUUGAAUGGAGAAGUUGUAAGGUUAAAUGGAGAGGUGACGAGGUUAAACGGAGAAGUGGAGAGGUUGAACGGAGAAGUGAAAACGGCGAAAGAUGCGGAGAAGAAUGCAACUGAAGAGUUGGAGAAAUUGCAGAAGGAUCAAGAUGAUCUGUUGUAUUUACUUGCCAAUUAUGAUUCAAAAACAAACGAAUACAAAAUGCGCCUGCUGCAACUGGGCGAGACGGUGGAAGACGACGAGCCGACGGAAGAAGAGAACUUGACGUAGUGCUGCCAUGUAGAGUUGUUAUUAUUUAAAUAAAUAUAUUUAUAUAGGAAAUUAGACAUUUUUGCUACACUGUACCACUUGUGAUAGAAUACGAAGAUAAUUAUUUCAAUACAAAUUCAAGCAAUGGCGUACAGUCAAUGUGGGUAACAUUAGAUUCGCGUUUAAUAAUGGCUUCGAUUCAGAUGUCGUUCUUUGAACUAGAGUAUCUGCAUCUUUUUCUUUUUAAUAUUGCUAAAAAAGGACGGAACAUGAAUUUUAAAGUUAAAAGAUAGAGAUGCGAAUACUCUACAUUUUAGUUACGCUCAGAAUCAGUACCAUUGUCUAUAAAAUAUGUCUGUAUAAUUUCCUAAAAAAGAAUUGUCCCGAUAAAGAAUUUUACUAAUCAGUCAACUUAUUAGUAAAACAAAACACGUAGUUAUUUUAAAGCAUGCUCAUAUGUAGCGUUUUAUACAGCGCCAGUAUAAAAAUAGUCUGUGCCGCUAUACACUGGUGUCACACACA